CUAAGCCGCAUGGACAGCCUGGCGCCGGGCCGAUGGAGAUGGCGGAGGACGGAGGAGCUGCCAGCCGCAGGGGAUGAGAAACGGGUGUGCAGGAGGUCAGAAGCAGGUGGAUGUGAGUGCAGUGGCCACAUGCUAACCACCUGUGCCCUGCUGUCCUGGAGCACAGAGGACCAGGAGUCAAGGCCACGCGGCCUGCCUGCACCACAACCAGAGUGUAGCCAGGAGAGGCUGAGCUCAAUGAUUCUGCAGAACGGUGGAAGGAGUUCAGCCCAACCUUGUCUGAGAUGUAUCUCGGGGGAAUCUGGCCAUUUUAACCAUACAGGCAAUCAUUAGAAGAUGCAAACAGGACAAAGGAAGAUUCCAGUUGAGUUUGAAUCCUCACAUGAUGGCCAGUG